UACAAGUAGUGAUGAAGUCUACAGUAUCUCUGUGUACAUCCAAGGGCCAGCCUUGCUGCCGUUGCGCAGCCUGGUAAUAUGAUUUGUUUGUUGACUUGUGAUUCAUUUUUAUUGUUGACAAUGAUUCAGUGACAGGUAUGCAAUGUUCUAAUGUGAUAACAGGUAUGCAAUGUUCUAAUGUGAUAACAGGUAUGCAAUGUUCUAAUGUGAUAACAGGUAUGCAAUGUUCUAAUGGGAUAACAGGUAUGCAAUGUUAUAAUGUGAUUACAGGUAUGCAAUGUUCUAAUGUUAUAACAGGUAUGCAAUGUUCUAAUGGGAUAACAGGUAUGCAAUGUUCUAAUGUUAUAACAGGUAUGCAAUGUUCUAAUGUGAUAACAGGUAAUGCAAUGUUAUAACGUGAUAACAGGUAUACAAUGUUAUAAUGUGAUUACAGGUAUACAAUGUUAUAACGUGAAAACAGGUAUGCAAUGUUCUAAUGGGAUAACAGGUAUGCAAUGUUCUAAUGUUAUAACAGGUAUGCAAUGUUCUAAUGUGAUAACAGGUAAUGCAAUGUUAUAACGUGAUAACAGGUAUACAAUGUUAUAAUGUGAUUACAGGUAUACAAUGUUAUAACAGGUAUGCAAUGUUCUAAUGUGAUAACAGAUAUGCAAUGUUCUAAUGUGAUAACAGGUAUGUAACGUUAGUGUUGGCAUGUAGACAGCUGAGGGUGCCGUGUUGUGUUCCCAGGGCUAUGGUUGGUUGUGAGGGCCUGGAGGCGUGGUGAUACACAGAGGCAGCAGGCAGCUCCAUGGCGUGGACUGAGCUGGAGCUCCGGGCCAGGCUCAGAGCUGGGCCACACAGGGCCCUACUACCACUCCUCCUCCAGGGAUUGAUGCUCCUUACAUCCCCCUGCCUUGGUGGUCCCCCACAGCCGGCACGCACCCCUCUGUCACCAGGGCAGCCUUUUCUAGUACUAUGGGGAAUCCCCAACAAGGCGUGUCCUGGACGACCUGACCCAGGAGCCUUUGGGAUGGAGAGAGAGGGCCGCGUGUCCAUGUUUUAUGAGGACACUCUGGGGAAGUACCCCUAUUACACUAACCAGGACCAGCCGGUGAACGGAGGCCUUCCCCAACACACCAGACUGGAUGGACACCUCCAGAAGACAGGGGAGGACCUGGCGGCAGCGCUACCAUCAAUAGGUUACCAGGGCCUGGGAGUACUGCGUUGGGGCCAGUGGUCCCCGCAGUGGGGAAGGAACCGUGAGAAACAGGGCAUCUACCUGGAGGGCUCCAGGGCUCUGCUGAGGACCUUCUUCCCUGACUGGACCACGGAGGAGGUGGAGAAGUGGUCUCAGGUGGACUUUGAGGCAGCGUCCCAGUCCAUCCUCAUGGAGACGCUGUGGGAGGUGAGGAGGCUCCGCCCCAAGGCUCUGUGGGGCGUGACCCCAUAUCCCAACUGCUACAACUCCGGCCCCGCCCAGUCGCUGUCCAAUUACACGGGUCGCUGUCCCGCCGCCGAGAUGGCGUUGAAUGACGAGCUGCUGUGGCUCUGGAAAUGCUGCUCUGCUCUCUACCCCACCCUCACACUAGAGAAGCUGCAGGGUGGGACCUCAGGGGCCAGACUGUACACUUCCAAUCAGAUCCGAGAGGCACUGAGAGUGGCAAGCUUGGCCGGGACCGCCUACGACCUUCCUGUGUUCCCAUUGGUCAGGAGUGUCUAUACAUCGACCAAUACUUUCCUGUCUGAGGUGGACCUGGUCAACACCAUUGGUGAGAGUGCUGCCAUGGGGGCAGCAGGGGUUGUCCUCUGGGAGAAAGAUCAAGGUGUCUUCUCUACAAGGACUCAGAGAGCCUGCUCAGAGCUGGCCGCGUUUGUGCGUGAGGUCCUGGGCCUUUACGCCGUCAACGUGACCACGGCCGCCCGCCUGUGCAGCGUCUCCCUGUGCCAGGGGCGUGGCCGCUGCGUGCGCCGCAAACCCGAGAGCUCCGCCUACCUGCACUUGCCGCCCUCCAACUUCGUGAUGACGCAGGGGAAGGUGGAGGGGGUGCAGGCCACAGGCCAGCUGGACCCUGGCAACCUGGAGGCCUGGAAGAGGGACUUCCAGUGCCAGUGGUAUGAGUCCCUGGAGGGGGCAGUCGCCGACGAGGAGCUCCCCAAGGACAGGGCACAGGGAGUCCUUCCCCCCACGCUGAAUUCCCCCUUGUCGAGUGAGCUGAACCAAGAGACCAGGCCCACCCUCGCUCUGUCAGACCACAGCGGACCAUCACUCAAGGCACCUCUCCUACCUCUACUGCUGGUAUUAGCCACAGCUCUACGCCUGAACACAGACUUAUGCCUGAAGCUCUGACACACCUGUUGGAUUUUCAGGUCGGGGCUCAAGACACUGUCAUACCAGUGUAUAAGAAAUGUUUGUGGAACAGAAACUCUUAAGAGGUGUUUCUAUUUCCAACAAAGAAAUGUCGUGAACAAGAGACAACUAUUCUACUUUGGAGACUGUGGAUUUUUUUAUAGUCUGUACAACUGAGAACGGAAGUAGAUCAAACAAACAAAAUAUUCUAUUCAUAGGAUUCGUGGUUAACAUUGUCAU